GCAGCCCUCAGUUGUCACUUUUCACUCCGGACAGGACAUUCUACCACCCCCCGACUGCCAUGGCAUCCCGCAACAUCUUUGCGGCUCUCGACUCGGACGACGAAGACACGAAAAAGGUGCAAGUGCCUGCCGCGCCCAAGGCGGCUGAACCCACCAAGCCCAAGACGGUGAAGCCCCGCAAGGAAGGCGAACAACCCGCCAAGAAGCAAGACGGUGGUCGCAACGGUGGCCGCGGUGGCCGCGGUGAAGGCCGUGGCGCCCGUGAAGGUGGUCGUGGUGGUCGCGGUGAAGGCCGUGGUCCUCGCCCUGAUGGUGAACGUGCCCCGCGCGCCGAAGGUGAACGCCGCCCUCGCUCGGAACGUGCCCCUCGCCAGGACCGCCCCGAAGGCUCCACUGGCACCAACCUCCGCGCCGAACGCGAACGUGGCGAACGCCCUGACCGCUCGCACCACCAUGCCGAAGGCGGCGAACGCUCGGAACGCAAGCGCCACUUUGACCGCAAGAGCGGCACUGGUCGUGGUAAGGAAGUGUCCAAGUCUGGUGGCGGUGCCCGCAACUGGGGCAACGAAGAUGACAAGGCUGAACAAGCUGCUGAAGCCGCCGUGGACGAAGCCGUCGCUGACGAGGCCAAGGAAAUCGCCGCCGAAGAAGCCGCUGUGCCUGAAGUCGCCGUCGUCGAAGAAGAAGUGGACAACACCAUCACGUACGAAGAGUACCUCGCCAAGAAGAAGGAAGCCCGCUCGAACGGCGAAUUGUUUGCGGAAAAGGAGCUCCGCACGGUCGAAAACGACUUUGACGGCGCCGCCUUGAUCUCGAAGGAAGGCAAGACCCCCGACUUUAUCGAGUCCAACUUCGAAAAGGUGUUUACCAAGAAGACGUCGGGCCGCAAGAAGAACCUUGUGACCGAUGUUGGCUUUAGCGCCCCCGCCAUCAACCCUCCCCGCUUUGACCGCGUAGAACGCGAGGACCGUGGUGGUCGCGGCGGCCGCGGUGGCCGUGAAGGUGGCCGUGGCCGUGGUGCUGGUCGUGGCGACGCCAAGAAGGCGGCGGGCGGCAAGGCCAACGCGCCCAACGUGUCGGACUUGAAUGCGUUCCCUUCGCUCUAAGUCCGCUGGGCUUGAAUCGCGAGGAUGCCUUUGGCCGUCCCGGGGUGGAUUGUGUUGGUCGACACUAAAUAUGAUGCAUGUUGGACCCACAAUGCGCCGCGUGGACCAUGUUGGAUAGGGUAUGCUUUGUCGUAUAGAUCUUUUUCUCGGGUGCCUUCUUUCCGUAACUGGAACACGAACGAUGGGUCUUCGCUGCAAAGAAUCCACUGCGUCGCGGUCGAGAGCCUCGUGGCGAGCAAGCGUGCGAGCAGCUCGUACCAUCAUGAUGAAUGCCGA